AUGGAUGACAAUGAAAUGAAUAUUGCAACUUUUGUUGACUUUUUUGAUUUUGAAUUGCCUGGAAAUGUAUUCAAUAGUGCCAUUGCAUUAGGAGAUGUGGACAAUGACAAUGAAAUAGAACUGGUUAUUGGUAGUGUGGAAGGUGAUUUGUUCAUCUUUAAAGGUCAUCGGCUGAUCCAGAAAAUAUCUGGAUUAGGCAUAAUCACUGCAAUAGCUAUUGGAGACUUAAUGAACUGUGGCAGUAACGCUUUAAUCGUUAUAUCUGGUGAUGGCUGGUGUCAUAUUUAUUUAUGUUUAAAAUUUAGUAAAUUGGAUCCAUCUGAUGAAUGUGUUAUGAAACUUGAACCUGUACAUGAUCAGCGAAUCCCAGCCAACACUAAAGUGAUUUUACUAGGUGAUAUAGAUUCCGAUGGGAUGUUAGAACUAAUUGUUGGUUUAACUGACAGAGUGGUACGUUCCUAUCGUUGGAGUCAGAGUGCGGCUGCUGGACGACUAGUACCAUUACAUAAAUGGGAAUGUGCUAACCAAAUUGGAUCGAUUAUAUUGAUUAAGGACGUUAAAAAUCGACCAUGUUUACUUGUUUCUCAACCUGGUGUCACUGCAAUGCGUUUUUAUUGUCCCAUAGCUUUUCCAGAAUUAAUUGAAAAAACAAUUGAAUAUGAAAAUGAAAAUGAAUUGCCCAUAGAACUUCUUAAUCCUUCAAUAUCCUCAGUAAUGAUAGGAGAUCUCAAAGUAGAUUUAAAAUGUGAUCAAGAACUGUUUGAUAAAAAUGAUCAUUUAUAUGGAAUUGCUUCUUUGAAUGGUUUGGUUAUGUUGGCGAAAAAAGAGACAAUUUUGUGGAGUAAAAACAUUGAUCAAGAAUUGUUUAUCAUUAGUAAAUUGUCGAUAGCAGACGGUGGCCCUGAUUAUUUAAUAACAUGUUCAUUGAAUGGAGAUACUCUUAUUGUGGAUCAGAAAAGUCAACACGCAACAUUUAAGUUUGGAGAAUCUGUUUCUGCUUUUUGUUGUGGAAUGUAUACAGUAAAACCAAAUACAAAAUCUAUGCCUAGUUUUGUGCUUAUAACUAAUUCACAGAAGGUUUAUAUUUAUUAUGGUUUGAAAUUACCAAAUACAUGUGUCCAGAGUUUAUCAAAAUGUAUUGAAAAUGACAAUCACCUUUCAAAAUUUAUGGAAAAGUAUGAAGGACCAUCAAAAAAAAAAAUUAUUAGAGACUGUCUUUAUAAAUAUAAUCCUAAUAAAAUGUAA